AUGGAAAGAGUAUAUAAUGAACGAAACAAUAUUUUCAUUGAUAGAAAUGGUAAAUUGUUUGAAUAUCUAAGAAAUGAUAAACUGCUGAAAAGAAUACAUGACGACAAGGAAUUACUGGAAGAUUUAUUAACGGAAGCAGAAUUCUUUGGAAUCAAUAAACUUGUCAACGAUAUCAAAUCUCUAAUCGAUCCAGGAAUUGAAAAGAUACAUUAUCAUGUGGUUACAACUGGUAUUGAAUCUCUUACUUAUUAUCGAUGCCCUCAUGGUCAUGAUCCUGAACGAAUUGGUGAAGGUCGUUAUUCUAGUUCUAAUUGUAGACAUACAUCUGUUGAAUUAGUAGAAGAUAAUGUUUAUUUUAUUUUAAUUGUAACGAAAAAUGUGCCUGUAAAAAAUGGUCGUAUUGAAAAGAAUACUCACAAGGCACAGAAUAAUAAAAAAUUUACAAAUGAUUUUAAUAGAACUCAUAGACAAACCAAUAAAAUCAAAACCUUGGAAGCUCUAAUAUCUGAAAACAUAAAGGUUAAAUCUGAUCUUGAUAAAAAAUAUAAAGAAUUAGAAAUGUUGAAUAAUAGUAUUAAAAAUGAACGUGAUGAAUUAACCAGUCUUAAUAUCACCAAAGAAACGAUUGUCAAUGAAUUAAAGAUGAAGAAAACAAAGAUUGCAGAACAAGAAAAAUUAGUCGAAAGGUUGAAUGCAGAAUUUUUGGAAAUUGAUAAUAUUCGUCGUUAUUUACAUAAUGAUAUUCAAGAUUUGAAAGGAAAUAUUCGAGUAUUUUGUAGAGUCCGUCCACAAACAUUCACAGAAAUAGAUGAACCACUUGCUGAAAUCAUAUAUCCAAAUAAUAGUGGAAAUAAAAAAAUUGUGAUUUGUUCAAUUAUAAAAAAUUAUCGUAGUAUAAAUAGAAAUAUCAUCAAGGAAUAUGAAUUUGAUCAUGUUUUCAGACCUGAAAGUACUCAAGAACAAGUAUAUAAUGAGCUUGCACAUGUAGUUCAAUCAGUGGUUGAUGGAUAUAAUUGUUGUAUAUUUGCUUAUGGACAAACUGGUGCAGGAAAAACUUAUACAAUGCAAGGUUCAGAUGCUUCUCCUAAAACAGAAGGGAUGAUCACCAGGGCAUUUAGACAUGUCUUUAAUCUUGUUAAUGGUUUGAAAGUUCAGGGUUGGACUUAUACAAUCGAAGGCCAAUUUAUCGAAAUAUAUAAUGAUCAAGUUUAUGAUUUACUUCAAAUGUCACGUGGAAAUGUCAAAAUUACACAUGACACUGAGAAAGGUUCAACUAGAAUUACUAAUGUCAAAACAGUAAAUCUUGAGUCACCAAAUCUUGUCAAUCAAGUGCUUAAAUCAGCGACAAAGAAUCGAUCAAUUGCUUCUACAAAAAUGAAUGAUAAAUCUUCAAGAAGUCAUAGCAUAUUUAUGAUUCAUAUUACAGGCACAAAUUCAAAUACAAAAGAAAAAAGAUUGGGUUCAUUGAACCUUAUUGAUUUAGCAGGCUCUGAGAAAAUAUCAACAUUUGGAUCUUCAGCGGGGGAUCUUCAAACUGAAACAAUACAAAUUAAUAAAAGUUUAAGUAGUUUGAAAACCGUUAUAAAAAAUAUCAAGGAUGGAAAUCAUAUCAAUUAUCUUAAUAUUUCUCCAAUAAGAUCAUCACAAGCAGAAACUGAAAACAGUUUGGAGUUUGGUCGUGUUGCUAAAGCUACUCACACUGGCAUUGCAAAGAAGGUUAAGGCUUAG